AUGCCGCGCGUCGACGCGGACAUCGACGUGAAGCACCCCUUACAGGCGGUCGUCCUCGCCGAUUCUUUCGGUCAUGCGCUGAAACCGUUGACGUGUAACGUUGCGAAGGUUUUGUUGCCACUGGCUGGGUGUCCCAUGCUCGAGUACAGUCUCGAGUGGUUGGCGACGCAGGGGGUCGAGGAGUGCGUCGUCGUCGCGUGUUCGUGCUCCGAAAGCGUCGAGCGAUAUUUGAAAUCGCGUGACGGAAGGAUCGGAGGUGGUGAAGGGCGAGGCGGGAUGAUCACGCAGUGCGUGAGCGGGACGGCGUGCGUGAGCGCUGGCGAGGCCCUGAGGUUGAUCGAACAACGCAGGGUGAUUCGAGGAGAUUUUGUGUUGGUUUCAGGAGAUGUCGUGACCAACGUCGAUUUAAGUGAUGCGUUGCGGACACAUCGUGAGCGUAGGAAGAAGGAAAAGUUGGCCAUCAUGACAGUGCUGCUGCGAGAGACGGGAGCCGACGUACGAGAGGCGCGGUAUGGGGAGAACAAUUUGACCGUCGCGAUGGAUUCAGAGACGCAGAGGAUCGUUCACUACGAGGAGCAUCACGGGAGCGCAUCAAGGACGCCGGCAACGUCGCUGGACGCGUCGUUGUUCGGGGAGGUUGAGAAUAUUCGGGUGCGGACGAACUUGAUGGAUUGUCACAUCGACAUUUGCGCGCCGGAGUUUCUGAUGCUCUUUACCGAUAACUUUGAUUAUCAGCACAUUCGACGGGAUUUCAUCGUGGGCACUCUGAACGAGCGCGAACUUGGGAACACACUGUAUGCGUAUGAGAUCUCGAAGGACGCGUAUGCGGCGAGGGUGAGAAACUUGCGAUCGUACGACGCUGUGUCGCGAGAUAUUCUGAAUCGUUGGUCGUACCCAUACGUUCCUGACACGCGAGUGGUUCCGGCUCAUAAUCCGGAGACGUACAUUCAUCAGUGGGGGAACAAUUACCUGAGCCCCACAUGCUCGGUGCACGAGACGGCGAAGAUUGGACGACGGUGUCUCAUCGGCGCGGGAUCGAGCGUCGGCGCGGGAUCGAGCGUCGUGCACAGUGUGAUCGGGAAGAAUGUCGUCAUCGGUAAUAACGUCAAGAUUGAGGGUGCGUACGUGUUCGACGGCGCGCGUAUCGGUGACGAUGCGUCGGUGACCAGCUCCAUCCUACAAGACGGUGUCGUCCUUCACGCGUAUGCGUGUGUCUCCCCAGGAUGCGUCCUAGCCUCUGGCGUAGUCAUCGGAAGUGGAUUCACAGUGAAACCGCACUCGCGAGUCGCCCUCGAUGCGCAACCGGCGAUCGAGGAGGAGGAUUACGACUCGGAUGAUUCUGUGUCGUCCACGGAUAUGAACUUUGCCAGUCUCGAGCACGUACGAGACAAAGUCAAGGGUGAACACAGCGCAGAAGAGAUCGAGAACGCGCUCAAGAAAGCUCGAGUGCGCACUGACGUAGACUCGAGCGCGAUUUGGAAUCCCUCUUCAGUUGGCUGCGGAGGCGCAGGUUAUGCAUGGGUGCCUCGUGACGAGCAGUGGUUCCGAAACAUUGCCCCGACGCCGCCGCGCGAACUACACGAUUACUCGUAUGAGAGUGCAGAAGAAGCGUCAAAACGUGGAUAUGUCCAGAAAACGAUAGAUACGUCGAUGAUGGACGACUUGGAGAGCGAAGGCGACGAGGACACGAAGCGCGAAGGCGUGUUCCAACGCGAGGUGACGGAGACGUUUCUGCGCUGCGUCAAGCAAGGAUACGCACAAGAGAACGCGGUCGUGGAACUUCAAGGCUUGAAGAUGGCAGAGAACAGAACAUUUGCAGACAUUGCGCGAUACGUGUUGAUGACAAUCGUCGGUUUGACCCUUCCCGCUCACGCCAAGACGUCUAAGGAGAACAUAAAGUUGUAUCCGGAAGCCACUCCGGCAAGCACUCCGGAGCUGCUCAAGCGUCUGCGCGCGCGCUUGAAGGAGUGGGCGCCACUCUUGUCUCGUUUCCUGCGAAGUGAAGACGAUCAAGUUGAAGCUUUGCUCACGCUCGAGGAGUUCUGCUCCGAGGAAGACGUGUUCAAGGGCAUGGGCGGCGCAGUAUGCGUGCCGUCAUUCGCAAAAAUUCUCCACAUGCUGUAUGACAUGGACGUCAUCAGCGAAGAGAGCGUUCUCGCGUGGGCCGAAGAAAAAGCCGAGGCCGAUGAGAUGGAUAAGAAGUUCUUAAAACUCGCGCAGCCGUUCGUGGAUUGGCUCGAGCAAUCUAGUGAAGAGGAGUCAUCUAGUGACGACUAA